AUGGCUUCGGAUCCGAAGCGAGAAAAGAUUGGCGACCAGUCGUCGUCAGAGCAUGCCGAGACAGAGUACUCUCACAUGGACCAUCCAGGACGACAGUCCGAGGCCACAGCGGUUGACGAGGGGGAGAGAAAGCGCCUGGAGGCUUCCCGCAAGCUGGAGAACCCUCUUGCUGGUUUUACGCCUGAACAAUUGAGUCAAAAAGGCGAGGACUACUGUCAACAGCAUGGCAUCACUGACGAAGAAGACAUUCGGGCUUUUCGCCUUGGUGCCAUGAUCGCUGGAAAUAUGAAUAAGUACGACAGCAUGGCUGAGAUCACUGCCGAUGAACGAGCAGUACUUGACGGCGAGUCCACUCACAAGUGGCGGAACCCCAAGAUGCUCUAUGGUGUUGUUGCCGUUUGUUCAUUCUGCGCCGUCGUCCAGGGUAUGGACGAGACUGUUGUCAAUGGCGCUCAGUCCUUCUACAAAAAGCAGUUCGGCAUCGCAGGAGAGACUGAGCGAGACACCUGGCUCCUUGGCCUGACGAACUCUGCUCCAUAUCUCUGCUGCGCCGUCAUCGGUUGCUGGCUUACAGAGCCCAUGAACAAACGGUUCGGUCGCCGGGGCACCGUCUUCAUCUCCUGUCUCAUCUCUGCCUUGGCCUGUUUCUGGCAGGCUUUCACCAACACGUGGUGGCAUAUGUUCAUCGCUCGUUUCUGCCUCGGUUUUGGCAUUGGACCCAAAUCUGCCACCACUCCCAUUUUCGCCGCUGAAUGUGCGCCUCCUCGCCUGCGCGGCGCCCUCGUCAUGCAGUGGCAACUGUGGACAGCCUUUGGCAUCAUGAUGGGUUACGUUGCCGACUUGGCAUUCUACUACGUGCCUGACAAGAGCGGCAUUGUCGGCCUCAACUGGAGACUGAUGAUGGGCAGCGCCAUGCUACCUGCUGUCCUUGUCUGCGCAUGCUGCUACAUGUGUCCUGAGUCCCCUCGAUGGUACCUGACUAAGAACCGCCACUCCGAUGCCUACAAGUCCAUGUGCCAGCUACGCUUCAAGAAGGUACAGGCUGCUCGCGACCUCUUCUAUGCCCAUGCCCUCUUACAGGCUGAGAAAGAGACACAAGGCAUCGGUAAACAGAACCGACUUAAAGAGUUCUUCACCGUUAGAAGGAACAGAAACGCCAUGAUUGCGUCAGAAAUCGUGAUGACCCUCCAGCAGCUGUGUGGCAUCAAUCUCGUCGCUUAUUAUAGUACCGAGAUCUUCCUAUCUGCCGGUUUUCCGGAAGUGAGUGCCUUAUCGGCGUCCCUUGGCUUUGGCAUUAUCAACUGGCUCUUUGCUCUGCCGGCUUUCUACACCAUCGACACCUUUGGAAGGCGCAAUUUGCUUCUCACGACUUUCCCGCUAAUGGCCGUCUGCCUCUUUUUUACUGGCUUCUCAUUUUUGAUACCAACGAAUCCCGCCAAAAUCGCCUGCAUCGCAUUGGGUAUCUACCUUUUCGGCAUGGUCUACUCUCCCGGCGAGGGCCCAGUACCUUUCACCUACUCUGCCGAGGCUUAUCCGCUGUACAUCCGACCCAUCGGCAUGUCCCUAGCAACGGCCACGACAUGGUUCUUUAACUUCAUUCUCGCCGUGACCUGGCCGUCUCUCCAGAAGGCCUUUACGCCAACGGGAGCUUUUGGGUGGUAUGGCGGCUGGAACAUCAUUGGAUUCUUUCUAGUCCUCUUCCUGCUUCCCGAGACCAAAGAGAAAACGCUCGAGGAGCUGGAUGCUGUGUUCAGCGUGCCUUUGCGCACGUUUGCGCGAUACGGGCUCGCGCAAUUCUUCUAUUUUUGGAAGAGGUACGUCUUUAGGCAGGAUGUUAACCCACCUGUUGUGCCCCAUGCUGGAGGCACCGAUUAUCAUCGGGAUUCGUUUGCGCAGGAGAAGCAGCACAACCCGACUGCUCGUGUUUAA